GUUUAAAAUUAAAUAAAUAUGACGAUGAAAUAUUUAAGAAAAAUGAAAUACAUUUCUUUAAUAAAGAUUUGUGGGGGAAAAUGCAUAAAAAACGUCUACCAUCUUCUCGUUUUUACUGUGUUUGUUCAUUUAAUCAAACAAAAAACAAAGAAUCAUACUUGAAAAGAGCAUCGAAAUUUUGGAAUAAAAAAUAUGAAGACUCUGAUACUAAAGAUAAUAUCCCGUAUGUUGAGCAAUAUGGUAUAGUUAAUGAGCCCAAGGCAAUAGAACUUUUUGAGAAGAAAAUGGACGUAAAGAUUGAAAUGUGUUGUAAAUUUAUUGAUGAAAACAUUAACUAUUUAAUAGCGAAGCCAGAUGGUUUAAUUGGGAAAGAUGGCAUUGUUGAAGUAAAAUGUCCAGUUAAUGCCCAAUAUUUGACUCCCGAAAAAGCUAUUAAAAAUAAAGUAUUAAAAUAUGUGCAUUACAAUGAGAAUAAAGAACUCAUACUAAAACGUAGUUCUCGAUUUUUUUAUCAAAUACAAGGAGAAUUACAUAUUACACAGAGGCAGUAUUGUUAUUUAAUUAUUUGGACACCAAAAGGUAUAGUUUAUUGUAAAAUUCUUCGAGAUGACAAAUUUUGGAACGAUUAUAUGGAAUCAAAACUUAUUUACUUUUACGAAAACAUUAUGUUACCCGAAAUAUUAAAUAUUCAUUUAACUAAGAAUCUAAAUAUUACGGAUAUUUAGCUAAAAUAUGAUAAUUAUUACAUAUUUAUGUUUAAAUAAAAUUAAAAAAUGUUUGUUAAAUGUGUUAUUCAUUAAUAAAAUAAAAGCUAAGGAAGUUAAGCGCUUCUAAUAAUAACAAGUCAGUGAAUUAUUUUUUUGUAAAUUUAAAUAUGUUUAGUUAUAAAACUGUGCUCCUGAAUCCAGCAAUACAUUAGUAGUCUACCUGAGCCUCAAAGAAGUAUAGAAGUAAUUUAUAUA